UCAUUUUAUUUUGAUGAGAACAGAUGUCAGGUGAAUUUGGCGCCGCAACCAUAAUUUUCGUGAGAUUGUGUAUGAGAGUAACGGCCUGAAAGUUUUCCUGAGAUCUUACGUUAAAAUAGGAGAGUUAUAUUGUAUUGGGGACUGAAUUAUCGCGGAGUGAUGGCAACAACGUUCAGAAACUUUAAUCCGACGCGGAAAGCAGUGGAUAAGUCAAACGAUAGAGAGAAUUUACCUCCAGCAUUCACGUCAACAAAGUUCGCAGGAAAAGAAAACGUUUUAUCUGAAAGGCGACAUACCGGGCGCAAACAAGUAUUUGGUGAAUUAAAAAAUGUUCUGCAUAAUACUGGCGCACCCACACCGAUGAAAGCUCCCAAAAGUACAAUUUUCAGCCCAACUGCACCACCGAAGAAUAUCCUGAAACCUAAGGAAAUGCCGAAAUCGAAAAAAUCCCUCCUGAGCAAACAAUUAUCUCUAAAUUCGGAAGCAAUGAGAACAGUGCCCCAAAUUGAUCUACUACCGAAAUUCGAUCCAGAUUAUGAUGAUUUAGAGUAUAUUUGGUCGCAACAGACUGCGGCUCUUGCUGAGAGGGCUUUUGCUCGUAUUCGUCACGUAGACGAUGAAGAGUUAUUAUUGCCAGAUAUUUCAGCAAUGGAUAAAUUCGAAUCAGUUUUUGGUGAAAUUGAACCCAUCGCGUUGGAGAAUUUUGACGAACCUGAACCGGAAAUGCCAUCAUUGCCUUCUAUUGAAUGGGACAAUAUGCUGUUCGACUUUUGAAUGGACAUUAAUUUUGCACGUCGUUUUUUGGUGUGAAAGUAUUUCAUGGAGUGUACUUGAGUUUUAUUUUUCGUUGAAGGAGUUCUUAUUUAAUAAAAGGUAUUCUAUAUUUUUGAAAUAUUGCUGUAAUUGAUAAUAAAUCUAUGUUUAAUAUUUGCUAAUAAAUUAGAGAAGUUA